AUGAGGCGGCUGAUCUGCAAGAGGAUCUGUGAUUACAAAAGCUUUGAUGAUGAGGAGUCAGUGGAUGGAAAUAGGCCAUCAUCAGCUGCUUCAGCCUUCAAGGUUCCAGCACCUAAAAAACCAGGAAAUCCUUCAAACAGUGCGAGAAAGCCAGGAUCAGCUGGUGGGCCUAAGGUUGGAGGUUCCUCUAAAGAGGGAGGAGCUGGAGCUGUGGAUGAGGAUGACUUUAUUAAGGCAUUUACAGAUGUUCCUACUGUACAGAUCUAUUCUAGUCGAGAACUUGAAGAAACGUUGAACAAAAUCAGGGAAAUUCUCUCAGAUGACAAACAUGACUGGGAUCAACGAACUAAUGCGCUGAAGAAAGUGCGGUCGUUGCUUGUUGCUGGAGCUGCACAGUACGAUGGAUUUUUCCAGCAUUUACGGCUGUUGGACGGUGCUUUCAAGCUGUCGGCCAAGGAUCUCAGAUCCCAGGUGGUUAGAGAAGCAUGCAUUACUGUAGCCCAUCUUUCAACUGUUCUGGGAAACAAGUUUGAUCAUGGCGCUGAAGCUAUUGUGCCUACUCUUUUUAACCUGGUUCCCAACAGCGCCAAAGUGAUGGCAACUUCUGGGUGCGCAGCCAUUAGAUUCAUUAUUCGGCAUACACAUGUGCCACGACUCAUACCUUUAAUAACAAGCAACUGUACCUCAAAAUCAGUUGCAGUUAGAAGGUGA